ACGUGACCUCCGCUUAACGCCUGACUGCUCAUGAGGUGGAGACAGUAUUGGCCGGAAUCCGUUCUGCUAGCUUUCCUUCUAUCGUUCCAAGCUUCGAAAUGGAUUCGCAAUGCGACCGUGGCUGCUACACCAAUCACGCCGGGCUGGACCGCUGAGAGGAAACUUGCUGUUCGAGAGACGACGCGCGAGUUAUGGUAUCAUGGAUACAAGAACUACAUGGACUUUGCUUUCCCACUGGACGAAUUGACACCGCUAUCAUGUUCAGGUCAAGGCCCUAAUUGGGAGCAUCCUGAAGACAUCGCCGUCAAUGACGUGGCGGGCAAUUUCUCACUCACUCUUAUCGACGUUCUUGAUACGCUAGUGGUUCUCGACGAUCGACCAGGGUUUGAGCAGGCUGUGAAGAAUGUGAUUGAAUGGGUUUCAUUCGAUGUGAAUACGCGACCGCAAGUCUUCGAGACUAACAUUCGGGUCCUCGGAGGAUUGCUUUCGGGCCAUAUAUUCGCGAGUCGGGAAGGUCAUCCCUUCCAUCUGCAAUGGUACAAGGGUGAACUACUUGACAUGGCGCUCGAUCUCGCGGAGCGAUUGCUUCCGUCCUUCUCCACACCCACAGGGAUGCCGUAUGCGCGUGUAAAUCUCCGGCAUGGUGUUCUGAAGGGCGAAGGCAUCGACUCGUGUGAUGUCGAGUUCUUGGAUGUCUGGGACGACUCGUAUGCUGCAAUCAUGAGAUGGUCUCGGUCUGCUGAUGGAUUCUGGUAUCGACCAGUCAACAUCUACAGCGGCGAAUUAUCGUAUUACACCAUUGAUUCGCUGGCUGCCUUUUGGCCUGGCCUGCAAGGUAUAGAUCAAGAUCGUGAACGAAAUCAAUUACAAUCUGUGGCGGCAGUUCUCUGGCCUGCCGAAGUAUACGACUCCCACUUUAAACAAGCGACCUCCUUCCAGUACCCGCUGAGACCAGAAUUCAUCGAGUCAACCUGGUACCUCUACAGGGCUACGGGCGAUUCUUUCUAUCUCGAUGUCGGAGAACGAGUUCUGAAUGACAUUGUGGCGCGCAGCAAGGUGCCCUGUGGUCUCACAGGUAUCAAGGACCUGCGUGACAAUACCCGAGACGAUAGAAUGGAGUCUUUCGCUCUGUCUGAAACGCUCAAGUAUCUCUUCCUCCUCUUUGAUGAAGAUAACCCACUCCAUCACGACGACUCUCCCUGGGUCUUCACGACUGAAGGUCAUAUUCUGAUGCUAGACAAAGCACACGAAAAGCCCAUUUCGCCAAGCCGUCGCAAGAUGCGCAACAUUGAAAACCAUCAGUGCCCAGCUUAUAAACCACCGAAGAGGGCCGGUUUGACGAUGGGCAUCCUGUCGCGCGGCGACGUCGAUUACGCUCGCGAAUUGCUCGGGCAAUCAGACACAGACGACGUUCGCAAACACUGGUCACUGUAUGGCUGGUGCGAACGACCCAACGUCAAUCUGUUUGCAUAUGACUACGUUCUCUCGCCUCAUGGAAAAGUUAUUGCAGAAGAUCUAUCACCCUCCCGCCUGAAGCUCGACAUCCGAGAUGACGGCUUUAUCCUGCAUAAUGUCACAGGCGUUCGCAUUCACAUUGUGCAGAGACUGGACGGCAGAGGCUAUGAUGUUCGAAAAUUGGGCCAUUACGAUGUCAGAGCCGGACACCUGGUCUAUAUCAACGACACUACUAUAUUUGGUCACCCAGAUGGUACCAAGGACUCGGAUCAUGUUCGCCCCCUCGAUAUGCCCAUGCGAUUCCACAUCGAAUCUGCUAGCGAGCUUGGUACCGACAUCUAUACCGGGCAUCCUGAUCUGCUCGACACGGCGGAUGUGUUUGUCUCGGGUUAUACUGCCCUAUUCGGUGCUGUGCUGGCGUCUGGUGCGAGCUCUAAAGGCUUGCCGCUUCGAAUGGACUCGGAGGCCGGAUUGGCGGUGGCUCGGGACCCCAGUAACCACUAUGGCUGUGAGAUGUACGAUCAAGCCAUGCCCGAUGUCGUGGUUCUGGUGCAGAGAGGUGAAUGCACCUUCCUCGAAAAGUUGUUGAUGGCGAAAGCUGCUGGGGCCGCUGGAGUACUUGUCGUUAGCACCGAGCAGGUCGCUCUCAACCCGACCGCUGACCGGCUCGAACUAGAGAAGGCAGGCGAUUUGAGCGAUGUGGGUCUGCUCGUUCUACCCCCAGAUGUGGGCCUGCUGGUCUACAACAUGCUGGAUCGGACGGAGGAACGAGGAGGACAGGUUGUGCUCCAGCUCGACCCCGAACAACUCCCGCUGCUGCCGGAGCCAGCUGAGGCUCAGACUGCCGAGGCGGCAUCCCCGAAAAUUAUGUACCUCAACGGGCUGCCACUGUUGAACACUCGACUUUUAAUAUAG